ACUCACGGCAGGCACAAGUUCGAAGCGUUUGAUAAGCUGAUUGGUAUAUUAAAGUAACGGUUAUCAUUGAUAACAAUCUAUCUACAAUUAUUCAGCAUUUGCAAAGUAUGAUAACUAAGGUGUUAUAAAAUAUGCGAGCACUUCUACAAUUCUGUAGGCAACAGUUGCACAGACUCUGGCAUUGUGAGCGGAUUGGCAUUACGGUGUUCUGGUUGUUGCUCGAGCACGUAUUUAAUGUGACAAAAAUGCGCGAAACGUCGGGAAUCUGUCAUCAGCUGUGCCAUCCGCUGGCCAAAGAGUUUCAACGGGAAAAGUUCUUGCUCACGCAUGAACCUGCAGAAGAUUUCUUUAAAUCACAGUGGCAAAGUCAACCGAAAUCGAUUAUAUGGCUAAUCUAUCGUUGGCUCUUAGCCGUCACGUUUGCAGUCGGUGUGUUGGGCAGCUUGAUCCAGACCUUCAAUGAGGGCAAAUGGUUUAUAUAUCUCACCGAUUGGGGUUUCUUUCUUUGCUUGUACACAAGCCUCUUUGGCGCCAUAUUGGUAACGAUCUAUUAUUGCAGUAAAGAUAAUAUACCUGUACCUCCAUGGGCGUUAAAAUUGUAUUGGGCCUCUUAUUGGAUAACAUUGUGUUUGGCCACGCUGAUUACGUUCAUUUAUUGGAUAUUCAUUUUCCCAACUGACAAUCAAAGCGGUUGGGCUGUAUACAAUUUGUGGGCGCACGGCUUCAAUUCGAUACUGAUGAUAUUCGAUCACAUGCUGGUGGCAUUUCCUGAUCGCAUACUACACUUCGUAUAUCCACUGGGCUUGGGUCUGAUGUACGGCAUAUUUACCGUUAUCUAUUAUUAUGCCGGAGGUGUCGAUCCUUUCGGAAACCGUUUCAUUUACGAGAUACUCGAUUGGUCAAAUGCCGGUGGGGCCACAUUAACCUUAUUUGGUUGCAUUUUAGUGACCUUCGUUUUCUGUUUCAUACACUUUGGCUUUUAUAAAUUGCGCACAUUUAUUUAUAACAAGCGACAAAGUUCCAAACUGACCCUGAGUGCUUAAUUUCCAAUAAAAUUUCGACACAUGAGGGGGGGAAUAUAUAGAUAUUAUUUAUAUAUUUAGAGUAUAUAUUUUUAUAUAUAUUUGUGUAUGUACAUAGAUAUAAGUACUUGAGGCUUGAAAGUGUUAUACAACAAAUUGUUGUUAUUUAUAUAAAUUAUUAUGUUUAAUAAUAAACUUUUUUAUGUUUAGUAAAUAGUACCAAAAA